CAAUAAUCUGUCAGUAUAUACCUAGAAGUGAAGUGAUGGGAAAACUGAGUCAAACAAUAGAGAAUAAUAACAUUUUCUCAAAUCAUUAAAGAAUAUGAAUCAUUAUUAUACAAAGCAGUGACGGCCGUAAUAUAUCUACGACUAUACUGAAGAUGGUUGUGAAAUGGUUGUUUAAUUUAAAGUGGAAAUAAUAAAAUUUUUAUAGUUGCAAAAGGCAGGCUUCUCAAAAUCCAUGACAUGGGCAUUUGUUCAAGAAGGUAUUUUUUUCUAUCAAUAUGCUUUUUGCAAAUGAUAAUAGUAGUAGAAAGACAGGUGUUUGACUUCCUUGGUUUUCUAUGGAUUCCAAUAUUAGUCAACUUCUUUGAAAUUGUAUUUAUCAUAUUUGGCUUUUUUGGUGCCUAUCAAUAUCGUCCUAAAUACAUUAUAGCUUAUUUACUAUGGCAUAUUUUUUGGAUUGGUUGGAAUAUUUUUAUGAUAUGUUUAUAUCUAAAUGUAGCAGGAUUAGAUCAUGAGAAAAACAAAGUGCUCAAAUUAGAUUUAAAUAGUGACAGUUGGUGGAAAAAGGAAGGACCUGGCUGUAGAAUUAAGGAUGUGGAUGCAGUACCUGUAGAAUAUGAAGGAUGUUUAAUCAACUAUGUACAUGUUGAAAUUGCGCAAGCAGGGAUUCAAUGUAUUCUGGCUGUAUUUAAUAGCAUCAUCGGUAUUUGUCUAAGUCGAAUGUUUCUAGAGGAAGAUGAUACUUCGUCAUGUAAAUCAUCCCGAAAGAAUAAGAACACAAAAACACGACUUUCGCUUUACUCGAUUGAAUUCAGUCCCCACGUUGACAACCGGCCAAAUGAUAGUGACACUGAAUUUGACCAAGUACCAACACCAGUUUCUCCCAAACCAAUGACUCCAAGGAGAGUAAAACGGCGCAGUGUAAUGACAAGAGGAUCAUCGGGGAGGCAUAGCACCAGCAGCCAUAGAUCACACGCUAGAUCUUCUACUAGAUCAAGAAAGAUGGCGCAGAAUCCAGUGACAAAGCUACUAGAGCAGCAGCAACAGAAGAAACCAUAUGACAGUCCAUCUAGUCUCUCCCCUAUUGAAUCACCUCUUCCCAAUUACUAUAAUAUGUCUUCCAAUAAUAAUUUGAUGGUGCAGCAAAAUUGGUCAGUGAAUGCUGGUCAUUCAAAUCCAAACUACCAGCAAUCUUCCCAGCAAAGCUUGAACGAAACAGAAGAAUUGGACGAGUUGUACAAUAACCGACCUGCAUCUGUCCGGUCAAGUUAUUCUAAUUUCCAUGGAACCAGAGCUUUAAACUAUUCUCCCCCAAAGCAGUACCACAGUCAUGCUACUCCUCAAGUGCCACAAAAAAGAGGACAUUCUAGUAGAAAUAGUAUGAGGUCUAUGGCUUUCUUGAACAGUGGACCUCCAGCUUAUACUUCACACGGACAAAUUCCUAUAGAUUCUGAAACUCCAAUGUAAAUAGGUAAUUUAUUAUUUAAUUUUUAUGUGAAAUACCUCUUGAUACAUAUACAGACAACGUAAAUUUCUCAUCGAAACAACACAAUUUCAUAUACAGGGUAACUACAACAUUGUCGUUAUUAGAUACAAGCAGAAAAUGGGACAUUUGUCAGAUUUAUUGCCAUAUAAUUAAUUUAAUAUGAUCUCUAAUCGUGCAAAUAAUGGAAUUUAUACGAGGGCCGUUGUUUUCUCAACCUCCGAUCGCUCCGUGCAGACGCAACGCGGUCUGAAAAAAGCGCUGUAAGCGACUGCGAAGCUCUCGCACUACACACUCCGCCAUUGUUGACAUUCGGGCGUCAGUCGGCAUUGUGCUACAGCUACGUAAACAUGUCCGCCACUAUUGAUGCUCCCGCCAAGUGUGUACAGACUGAAGGCCAUAGUGCUGUAGAAAUCCAUCGGAGAAUGUUUCGGGUGUAUGUGGAAAACUUCAUGAUUGAUAGUGUUGAAAGUUUAAAGAUGGCCGUAAUGAUAUGCAUCAUGAUGGGGGCCAAGGACGAAAAUCUGUCGUUUCAGAGAGUUGACAGAAUUGUUAAAGAAAACCACAGAUUCACCAUUACUGCUUUGUCUCCAGAAAUUUCAAGGUCUGUUCAUUGGCGGCAACUUUUUUUGAAGAAGGUAUUGAAAAGCUUGUCCACAGAUAUGACAAAAUCUCUUCGGUGAUCAUGUCGAAAAGUAACCAUAAGUUUACCAAUCUUUUGGUGAUGAAAUUAUUGUUUUAUAUCAACUUGCCUUUUAUUUAUAGCCUAUCAGAGGUUGAAAAAAAAUGGCCCUCGUAUAUCUGGCAUAUACAGUAGAAACCCGCUUAACGCGGGGGAUACGUUCCAUCAAAGUACAACGUAAUGUGAAACGAGGCUAACACGUAAAUAAUGGGGUUAGGGAAAGAAUGGAAAAUUGGUUAGGUAUUAAAAUUAAUAACGUUUUUUUUUUUUAAUAAAAAUAAAACCAAACAUUCAUUUCUCACGAAAAUAAAAACAAUAUAAACGAAUAUAUUUAUAAAAACAAAUAAUUCAGUCAAAUCAUUCGGUGUAUUUUGUUUUUCCAAUUUUUGCCCUUUUGUCAAGAAGGCAUCUGAUGUAGUUUGCAUUUUGAGCAAGACGGAGAGUUAUAGAUGCUCUAUCCACUUAUCAACAAAAGUUGUUGUGGAUCUAUAACACAUUUGGACAAGAUGGCGUUGGUUUUUGGGGUUGCGUGUAGUACAUUUUUCAUUUAUUUUCUUAGAAAAGGAAAAACUAUCAACGGCGAGUAUUAUGCGAACUUCUUGCAACUUUUUUGCAAAAAGGCCGCAUUUGGUUAAGAAGAAAGUGUUGUUUCAACAAAACAAUGCACCAGCUCAGACAUCCGUUAUUGCAAUGGUCAAAAUUAAUGAAUUAAAGUUUGAAUUGCUAUCUCAUGCAAUUGCUUUUGAGCUCCUGUCAAAAUUUGGAUAAUUUUCAACAACUUGGUCCGUAUUUUGAAUUGAAUUGGUGAAACUCCUUUUUAUAAACACUAUCGAAAGUUCUUUUUGCUCUUCUUCAAAAUCACUACUAUCAAUAUUUUUGUUUUCUUCUUGCUCAGUUAAUUCUUUGAGCUCAUCACUAGAAAUACUAGUUGAUGUUUCUUGAACUAUUUCUUCGACGUCUUCUACAUUUACCUCAUCUAAACAAGUUUGUUUAGCUAAUUCCACUAUUCCAUCCGUAUCGAUAGAGUAUCCAACGUCUUUGUUCUUACUUAAAUCUGGCCAAAUGUUCUAACAUACUUCUUACAAAGAUCUUUCUGUUAUCUCAUUCCAAAACAGGUUUAUGUUUUCUACAGCACUCAUGAUAUUGUAAUUUUUCCAAAAUUCUCUUAUUGAUUGCUUCUCGAAACAUCUGCUUGAAUGUUUGCCGCAAGUAAUAAGCCUUGAAAUUAGAUAUCACGCCUUGGUCCAUUGAUUGGAUUAGGUGGCAAGAAAACCACUUCAACUGGAAUGCAUGUUGUUAAGUCCGGUUCAGACGCAGCCCCUGACUUAGUAAAGUAAUUCAGUCGAGUGUAUUUAUUGCCCACACAAGUCAAGUUAAUUAGUAGUGUUUGCUCAAUCAAGUCGAGUCAAACAAUCGUUAAGACGGGCCAGUGUUUGAUUGAAAUCAAUUAGCAGCAAGUCGAGUGGGUUACAAGUUACGGCAAGUUACAAACCAAAAUCUUCUUCGAUCAAUAUUAAAACUUCUUACUAACGAAACUAGCAGUAUAUGUUUUGAAGAUAUACAAAAGCCUAAACGUAUAUGGUUGAGAAAAUGGAUUAUUAGAAAAAAUGAACUUGGAGCCUCCAGUUGUCUAUUAAAGAACUGGCUUUAGAAGAUUCAAGAGAAUAUUUUCAUGUCCUCAGGAUGUCCGAGGAAUCAUUUAAUAUUUUAUUGGACACAAUCAAAUUAUCUAUUAAAAGAAUGAUACCAUCAUGUGAGAUGCUAUUCCAGCCUCCACAAAGUUGCAGGCAAUAUUAUACGAGGUCUGGCUAUUAAAUAACAAGACUGGUUACGAAAAAGGGUUUUAUAAAAAUUAUUCUACAUUCGAAUGUUCCCCUUCAAUAUACCCCCCCCCUUGCCACACACCUUUCCAUACGUUUUUCCCAUUGAUCGAAGUCUUCUUUGGUGAGAACCUUCAGGAGCUCUGUCGUUUUUUGCUUUACCGCUUUCAUCGACUCAAAUCGGGUCCAUUUUAAAACAGAUCUUUUUCUUACCUUUCAAGAAAAUCUGAGCAGAUCUGUUGGUCAGAAGUCAGAUUUUUUGGCACAGACUUUUGUCAUGUGUAAUUCCUCGUGUAAAAUUUUUCUAGCCGUUACCAAUCCAAAGCGACUAAAUUCUCAAAAGCCAAGUUUCCCAUUGACAUACUUCCCGCGCCCCUCCGAUUAACUUUGUUUACACAUUAAACAAUACAAAAGUGAACUGUGAAUUUGAGAUAUUUAAAAAUCGAAAUAUGUUUAAUAAGCAUUAUUGAAAAUAUUCUUGAGGUAUAAAUAGCUCUAGAUGUCUUGAGGUUUGAAAGUGAAUAGCUAGAAUGAAAUAAUUAUCAUAAUUUAUUUCUCAUUAGCUAUUCGAGAUAAUCGAAUCGAUUUUUCUGCAUUGUGAUAUAAUUUUAAAAAUUAGGGAAAUUGGGAACAAUUACUUCACUGAUUUUGAGCUGGAAAGUUGAUUAAGAUCUCCAUAUUGAAUUGGAUAUUUCGUCUGCAGGUAGUACUAAUUGUAAAUCUGCAGAUGAACAUUGAUCUUGAUCUAUUUCUCGCCAUGUCUUCUGAUCUUAGACCAUACAAUUACUCGGACUGCUUCUUAAGAAGAGGAAAGUGGCAAAACAUCGAAAAGGACUAACGUUACAACGAUUUUGGCACCUUUUAAUGACUCUAAAAGAAUUAAAAUCGGUUUACAAAAAUUAAAAACAAUAAUAAUUGCUUUAGAAGAAUCAGAAUCAAGGAAUCGAUUAUUAAUUCAAAAAAAAGCAUCAGAAAGUAGUUCUCGAAUGAAAAUCGAUUUUUGAAUCGAAAGAAAACUGAUUGAAGUUAGUUCUAAUAGUUUUUUUGCUGACGAGAAUAGGAGUAUGUAAAUGUAUGGUGUAGAUUCCUCAUCUAUUAAGAAUUAAAUGACACAUAUAGAAUGUGAAGUAAUUGGGUUUUUUCUUAUAUAUCGUAACACAUAUAGGGAAAUUGUUUUCCGACUACCUACAAGAAAUAGGCUCCAAGUAGGUAGCAGGAUUCCAUUUGGCAAUAGUGCGGAAUGCACUAGUUCAUAAGAAUAAAUAUUUCCUGUAGGUCGUUGGGGAAUUAUAGUGUAUAAGACGUGUAGAAUAAGUAUACAGUAGGGCCUCCAUAUAACGAAAUUGAAGGUUCCAAAGUAAAAGUUCGUUACAUAGAAACUUCGUUAUAAAGAAAUUGUAUUUUUUUAUUUUAGGUUAUUAUAUAAAAAAACUUAAUUAGAGCAAAAAAUAAACUGUAUUUAUUUGCAUGAAAUAUACAUAUGUAUACAUAAUAAAAUACAACAACAACAAAAAUCAGUACAUUUUAUGAAGCAAUAGGAAAAUGUAUACAGAUCAAUUUGUAAUUUAUUUGUUUUGAGCUGGGAAAUAUUUUCUAAUAUCUUGUUUGUAACUUCUCAUAGAAAUGUUCACAUUUGGAAAAUAUUAUCAGGCACUUCUUCAAUACAUUGGAAACCAUGUCUGAUGGUCUCAAAAGCAGACUGCAUUUUGGACUUUGAGGGUUUCGGUCUUUCUGGUUCCUCAGUAUCAUCCGUUUCGUCGUCGUCUUGGUGAUCGAGAUCUUUUAUCUAGUUUAUUAUAUCAUCAUCAGUAGGAUAUUCAGUCACAAUCAAGUCCUUGUCAACGGCUGAAUAAUCCGUCAAGCUAAUGUUAUCAUUUAUUGCACCAGUUGAUUGAAGCUCGUUCCAGCAGACAUUGAUGUCUCGUAAAUCAUCUACUUGUUCCUCUGUCGUGUUUUCGGCAAAUCCAGCUUUGAUAAAACAAUUUUUUAUCAUAAUUUCCGAACAUCAUUUUGCCAAACCUUGGCUAAAUCUGUUAUGCAAACACGCGGGUCAAUAACCUUAUCAAGGGAUUGUUUAUUUUCUAAUGCGUUAAUUAUUCUUCUCAGAAUUUUUUUCCGAUAAUUUGCCUUAAGGUAUUUAAUUACACCUUGAUCCAUCGGUUAUAAUUUUGAUGUCGUAUUGAGCGGAAAAAAUUCAAGUUUAACAUUUGUUAGUUUCACGUGAUGAGGAUGAGGAUGAGCAGGGCAAUUGUCUAUAACUGUUCUAUGCUGUCUUAUCAUCUUCUUUUCAAAGUUCUUUAUCCACUUCUCGAAUAUUUCGCUUGUCAUCCAUGAUUUCUUGUUGUAAUCAUAGUCCACUUCUAUAAUGAUUUUAUUCCUUUGAAGCACCUUGGUUGUUUACUUUUCCCUAUUACUAAAAUUCUUAAUUUUCCUGUCAUGUUAGCACAAACUACAACAGUUACUCGUUCCUUGCUAUUUUUGCCACUAAAACACUUAUCGUCUUUAAAAGCUAAAGUCUUAUUUGGAAGGCAUUUAUAAAAAAGUCCACAUUCGUCCAUAUUAAACACGUCAUCAGGUUGAUAAUCUUGUAAAAUCAACUGAAAUUUCGGUUUCCAUUGAUCACUGUUAUUUCGUGGCGUUUUUUAAAUUUGUCCAACCACCCUGAACUUACUUGAAAGCCUUCAAUACCGAACAUUUCGGCAUAUGCAAUAGCUUUCUCUUUUAUAAGUAGUCCUAAGAGAGUCAAAUUUUGAUUCCGCACCAUUAUUACCCACUUUAGAUCUGCUUCAUUUACUGAAUUAAAUUUACACUUUUUAAUUUUUUUUCUUUCUUCUCCUCCAGCUUCCUGACACUUCAAAACUGCAUCCCUAUUUUUUAUUACUGUUGAGAGAGUGCUUGGAAGGAAUUUCAUACUUCUAUACAAUAAGUUUCUUCUGUAUGCCGCGCUCGACAUCCUUUAAAAUGUUAAUUUUAUCUGCUACACUUAAAGCUUUCUGCUUAGACAUCGCCAAUGCUCUGUUCUGAAUAACAACUCAAUUUAUACUGAGAGAUCAGAGCCGCCGACGAGCUCCGUAGGUACUGCCAAGGCGGGUAGAAGGGGAGUCCGGAGCCGCCCGCUGUCUGUGACUCACACUACCUUGCCGACAGCUGGUGGGUUCUUCUAAUGUGCCUCCCCUUGUCACCAUUUCUGUAAUUUUAAUUUUAAUAAUAAAAAUUACUUAUUGGAUUUUUUUCUGGAGCAUUUUAAUUCAUUAUAUGGAAGAUUUUCUCGUUAUUUGGAAACAUUUUUGUAUAAAGGAAUUUCAUUUGUCUUUAAAAAAAAUUCGUUAUAUAUAGAAGUUCGUUACAUAGAGGCUCUACUGUAUUUCAUACUUUUAAAACAUUAGUAUGAAAUAUUCUAUUUUUCCAACUAGUUGCACAAUAUACUAUCGUCUUAACAAGUAUUUUAAUCAAAUGAAACAACUGAUAAUAUGAUCAAGUAUUAAUUUAAGAGUAUUUUAUGAUAAUUUUACAAAUUUGACUCUAACCAAAAGACUGUUUGCUGCUCAAAUCGAUACUCGAGUAACCAGUAGAAUAUAGGCAUAAAAUUCACCAUACCCACACCACCACACCAAAUUGUCUUUACACUCCCUUUUAAUUAAAUAACAUGGUCGUUACUUCCUAAAGCAGUUGUGGAAGCCAGUUUUUGAAAUAGCAUUAAGUGAAUUCAUCGUAUUAUACUAUUCGAAUUAAUUUGGACAAAAUCCAAAAUCUUCAAUUCUAUUCAUUAUUUAUUAUCAUCAUAAACAUCAUCCAUCCCAUGUGGAUUAUGGCUAUCGCUUAUCGCUUUGAUCAUUUCAGUUGGUUUUCUUCUCAUUAUAUGCCAACCCAGUUGAGUCUUUGUGCUUUUAUGUAUCUCAUUAUAUUUUCUUUCUCCAGCUCUUUCUCUAUUUCUUCGUUUUUCUUUGCUCUCCUUUCUCCCUCCUGUGUUAUGUUUGGACCUGUUUUUUUUUGUAGGUAUAUGUUUCUUUCAUAGGCUUGACAGCCUUUUUGUAUCCUUUCCUUUAUCCUAUCUGCAUUUAUUUUCAGUCCGUAAUUGCUUGCUUCUUCUUCUGAUUUGUUGAUCGCCUUUAUUAAUUCCCUCUGUCCGUUUGCUAUGAUAGAUAUUGGGUCUCCCUGUUUGACUCCUUUAUUUGUGUCCGUCUGUUGUGCCUUGGAAUCUCACUCCAAUCAUUUACUAUAAUCAUCUGAUUUGAAUUAUCCAAUGAGAAACGUCAGUUGUGCUAUCAAAACAAUACCGCGGAACAAUAGGAGGCCUGAAGUUGGCAGCAAGUUUUUUCUUCCUCCUGUAAAAUCAUUAAAAAGCAAAUACGCGUUCUUUACAAAUUGCUCUUACGCGGAUCCGCACGCGCAACGACGAUAUGCCUCAAAUUCUUAACAGAAUUCAGUGAAUUACUAGGAUAAUCAAGCAUUUAUUUUCCCGGAUAAAAUUCUGGACCAAUGUCGAACUAUAACGAGAGAGGCAAGACAUGUUGAAAUAUUCUUUCUGUUUCCGUGUAUAGUCUUCAAUAGGAACUGAACUUCAAGUGCUUUUUAUUGUAAAAACAUUUAUUUAGAAAGGUGUUGUGGAUGAUGUCGACCUGGAAGCUCACCUUCACUUUGUCCAUAACACUUUAUGAUAUCCAAGUACAAAUAAAUGUGUUUCAUCACAUUUAUUGUCGUGAACAUCAUUUUCUGAGGUAGAAUUAGGUUUUUUGCCUUCCGGUAAACUUUUAAAAGCUUUUUCCAUAUGGUUGAGGUAUUCACUUCAACACCAUAAUCCAGGAAAAUCUGUGCUUGUAUUUCUUGGUUUUACUUUGCUAUUUCUUAUUAAAAUUUUAACAGUUCUUUUUGGAGUCCAAAUUAGCGGCUCUGCCUGUGUAGUAUCUCAAUAUAACUGACUUCCGCUUGAUCUGUAACUGCUUAGUAUCAGUAUUUCCGCUCUCCAGUCUGAUGAGUGUCCUCUUAUUUCUGGAACACAGUUUGACUCGUUUUAACUUGUCCUGUCAUUUGUCAUAUUCUAAUGGAAUUAUUUCACUUUUGCAACCAAUAUAAAGAGCAGCAAGUAUAGGUUAUAGAACAAUAUUCAUUAAAUUGGAUAAGGAAACUUUUAGUAUUUUUUGUUGAAAAAUGGUUGAAUGUGGGACCAUGUUCAAAUUAAUGCACCUCAGUUGUAUAUGUUGAAUGGAUAAUCAAAAGUAUAAGUGCAAUUUUUUUGUGUGUUUUUGUAAAAUAUGUUAGACACAUUACAAAAAUAAUAUCUACCCCUUGCCAUCAUUCCAUGUACAAAUUAUUCCUAUUGUCUGUACUCUAUGUUUUGACUUUUUGUGAUCCUGACAGCAAUUUUUAUAAUCUUGAAGUAACAAAAUUUAACAGAAUAUAUCAUAGAUUAUCAAACAUACUUUUUUACUACUAUCACUACACGAAUACUGGUCCUUCCAGCCGGAUAUUAAUCUAUAGAAGGUUCGAAGGAACAGAAAAUGUAAAUGAAGAUGUAAUUGUCGACUAUUAUCAACAUUUAUUCAAUACAAUUAUCAAAAUAGAGGAAGAAAAAGUCUGCAAACCUCAUUAUUGUCAAUUUUUAGUCGGUAAUGACUUCAAUAAUUGGAUUGAAAUUAUGGGAAUCGAUAAUUAGAUUCAAACUAAGAUGGCAACACUUAAAAUAACACCAACUGGUCCUUCGAGCCGGAUGUAAACCUAUGGAAAGCCCUUAGAAUCAGACUCUGUAAUUGAGAUUGUUGGUUUAGCCAUAUUAAUAAAUAUUGUAAACAGUACACAAAAUACAAAUACAAGAAAAAUAAAAGUACUAAAAAUUAAAACACACUCUGCAACUUGAGAUUUCUUUCAUAUUAAAUUAGGAUUUCCACAAAUUCUAACCCUAUACACUAGAAGUGGAUUACAUAAAAGUUUUCCAAAACAUCUGUAAAGUUGCCAUAAUCAUUAUGUUACAUUUACACACACAGUAACAUUUUUUAUUACAUAUUUUGUAUCGGCUCUAAUAUUAUGAAAAGUUGCUGCUUGGAUUUUGCUGCACAGAUGCGUAGCUUGAACUGAUAUAAGAGGAUGGUUUCAGAAAUACCUGGCCUAACCAAGAGAUGGCGGUAGUUGCACUGUAUUAGAAAGAAGCCACCUUGUUUAGUAUUUACUUGGUAGCCAUCAAUAGUGAAAGUUUUCAGUGAAUACUUUUAAUUGAAAUGCCUUAGCCCAACCAAUAUAAAAGCUGAACUAGAUUCUACUCUGGAUGAGACUGAUCCUUUCGUUAUCAACGUAAAAUGUUGCUGCAAAGACCAUGGGACCAGCAUAUCAAUGGUCGACCAAAUGAGGUGACGGCUCCAGAAGAAAAUCCACAAAGCGUUACUAGAUGAUAAUCGAAUGGAAGUAUGUGAGCUAGCAGACAUAGUAGGCAUUUCAAAAAGUGCGAUACAUCCUAUAUUAACUAAAAAACCAUGGAUAAAAUGUGGUUCUUUCACUUCACAUCUGAAACAAAAGAACAAUCAAAACAAUGGAGAACCGGAUCUAAAGAAGGCAAAGACCGUUUCAUCUACAGACCAGGUCAUGGCGUCGCCUUUUUGAGAUGCAUGUGGAAUAAUUUUCAUCGACUAUCCUGAAAAAGGAAAAAUUAUCAAUGGCGAGUAUUAUGCGAACUCAUUGGAACGUUUGAGCGAAGAAAUCAAGCAAAAACGGUCGCAUUUGGCUUAGAAGAAAAUGUUGUACCAUCAACCCAAGCAACAGCUCACACAUCUGUUAUUGCAAUGGCAAAAAUUAAUGAAUUAAAGUUUGAAUUGGUAAUUCAUGUACCCUAUUCGCCAGAUUUAGCCCCCCUCGGAUUGUUUUCCUACAAUGGAGAGAGGAUAUCGGCAGUUGAUGGUUAUUUUGAGGAGCUUGACGAUUUUUAUUAUAAAAAGGGUAUCGAUAUUAUUGAACAUCUAUUUUUUGUUUUUGUAUCUUCUUUUUCGGGCCAGGUACUUCUAAGACCAACCUCGUAGAUACGCUCCUGUUGCUAAACGUUUCUUAUUCUACAUAUCAAAGUGUAAGUGCCACUCAAACUCUUUAGAAAGAUAACACUAGUGUUUGUCGAGAACAUUUUGGAUAUAUAAUUGAAAACCUAGUCUUUAGAAAAUAUUUUGCUGGUGAUAUUUUUCUAAGUUGAAGGCACAAGUAGCUUUAGUGAAUACUUUCUACCAAAGUAAUACGAAACUCGUAUUUAUAUUGUGUAAUAUUUUAUACUAUU